CGGCCCCUGUAAAAUGGCUGCUACCAGUGAUGAACGAGGGGAGAAUGCUUUUCUUCCGUCUACUAAGGAGCUAGAAGUAUUGAGAAGAAAUGUCAGCAAACUCCAAAGAGCAAUUAGUGAUCACAGAAUCUUGUCGAUGGAUCUUUAUUCAGCUGAACUGAUAUCUUAUGCAACUCUUCAAAAAGUGAAUGUUCCUAAUACUACACCUGAUACACAAAGCUACGAGAUUAUAAAUAGCUUACUUCAAGUAGUAACCAUUACUCCUAGCAGUUUUCACAAGCUCCUCAAUAUACUAGAAAUGCACCCAGGACUACUACUGACUCCUGUUGUCAAAGAAAUGAAAAAAGACUGUGGUAUUGUCGUUGAAUCUUGUGAAUCUGAAUGCUCAUCACCUGUAAAGCAAACAGAAAUCAGUGAUGACCAGCGAAAAGAGAUAGUCAUUCCUGAUGGUCGAAGCAUACAAAAAGACUAUGAUCAAAUGCUUGGGAAGUUAGCUGGAUUAGUGCUUCGUUUUCAGACAGUAGUUAAAAAGGAAAAUGUCAACAUUGAAGAUCUGAAGCAAUAUGUCAUCUUACGUUAUCCUGAUGAACAGUAUAGAGAUGAACUAGGGGAAGUGAGAGAUAUUAAUACAGUGUUUGCUGUAGUUCGUAGGAGAUUCUGCUCUCUUUUCAAUUAUGAAAUCCUAAGAGAAAUUGCUGAUAAUUUUAAGCUUGCUAAUGGAUUUAAAGUAAUACAAGAAUAUGAAGCAGAGGAAGAGAAUUAUCGUAAAUUGUUGAGUAGCUCUGCACUUGCCAGUGAGCUGCAGAGAGAAAAUGAAUUGCUUCAUCAAAAUUUAUCUCGUACUAAGAGAAUCAUUCUUAAGCUACAAAGAUGGUUACAUCCACCAGCACCGACAGUUGAUGAGUUUCGUGAAAUUAUUAAAAAUGUUUUUGCUCACCUUGAAGAUUUGCUUCAUGUUCUUCAUGUUGAGGCUGGUUCAAUCAUAAUUACAAUGAUUGCUCCUGAACGAGUGACAGGAACACUAAUAGCUCUGGCAAAAAGGAAAAUAGCAUAUCUUAAGGAUAUUGGAGUGACUUGGCUAACAAUUGGAGACACUUUAAUAAUCAGUGACAUUGAAGACACAGAAGAGUUAUCACAUGAUGUUAUGGAACAAGACAUUGAAGACAAGCCCUCUUCCUCAAAUCCUAAUAUAGAGGAAAAUAGUUCAGACAAUGUUGAUCAACUGCCAAGUUCACCAAUUGGAGCAGUUACUGGUACUGUUUUUCAGUUAAGUCAUCUAUCAGAACAAGCUGGAGCAGAUGAUGCAGGAGAUGAUACUGAUCAAGGAAUGGGAACUGAUUCAGCUACUCCAAUUGUUGACAAAACAUGGCGUCAUUAUCCUAUCACACCAAGAGAAGUAAUGAUUAUUGGAUCCUUUGGUGAUCAUAAUAAUUGGCUGGAACAACAACACAUUAUAUCACCAAAAAUACUUACAACAGAGUUAUCAGAUGAAUGGAGGAAAGAAGAGAUUGAGAAGAUUGCAGGCUUGUAUAGCAGAAAUCCUGACAGUCUUCCUAUUAAAUCAAUUCAUUAUGAUUUACCAGGAAAAGAGCGUACUAAAGAAUAUUACAUGAAAACAAUAAAACAACUUUUCAUUAACUAUAAACAGCCAGGGGCUAUUCUCUAUUAUACUGGUCAUGGAGAGAAGGACACUGGUAACUGGUGCUUUAAAGAUGGAGUAAUCUCAUUCAAUGAUAUCUUUGAAUUAUAUGUGAAUCAUUUUAAAGGGAAACCAUUAACAAUAGUGUCAGAUUGCAGUUAUUCUGGUAACUGGAUCAAUGAAUGUGGUAAGAGGUUAGAUGAGCUGAAUGUUCUAUCGUGUGGACACCACACAAGAGAGCAAGGGCUAUUGUUUAAGAUAUAUGCAUCUUGUCGACCUAAUCAAGAAGCUACUGCAUUGUGUUAUAUUAAUGAAGCUGUUGAGUAUAGUGAAGCAGAUGUAGAUGUGAUAUUGUGGAUUAAUAAAACACUAACAUCAGGACAGAAGACAAUGAGUAUUGACUUUAGAACCAUUCAUUGUGGUAAACCAGCUAAUGAACCCUGUGAAGCUGAUACUGACUGUACUUGGAAUGACUACCUUAGUAACAAGUAUCAUCUCAUUUAUCUUGUUCGUGGUAAAGAAAAAGGAUAUGCAGCCUGGCAUUAUGUGUUAGUUGAUGAAGAGAAACUUGUUGACUUUAAAACUCAAGUAGCUACUAAAAGCAUUGAGCUUUCCAAAUAUGGUAAAAUAUUAGAGUCAGGAUUUGGUAAAGAUCCUCCUAAAGGCAUUGAUCGAAAGCUGGAGCUUCGAUUUGGUAAAUUACUGGAGCCACUUUAGAUUACAGUAACAUGCGUACUAACUUGUACAAUAUCUGCUAACAAUUAUUAUUAUUAUUAUAAGAAUUAUACAUCAUGUAGUGUUUUUUAACUUUUUUAGCUGUAACAUGACUUUUUAUAUGAGUGUACUAAUUUGAUCACAA